AUCCACCUAAAUUACCGCAGCUGGAGCCGUGCCCUGAUGACUGGUUGUACUACAAGAAGAAGUGUUACUACCAUUCCGGAGCCACGGCAGACUGGAGUUCCAGCCAGGAGUUCUGCUCUGAUUACGGAGCUUCCCUUGCAGUGAUUGACAGCCGCCAAGAGCUGAACUUUAUAAUGUAUCGACUACGCGUAACGGACUUCUGGAUUGGGCUGCACAGGAAAGGAAACAAAUUCUUCUGGGUGAAUGGAGAGUCAUUUGACACAAACUUAUUUUAUGUCAAUGUAACAAAUGAUGGAGACUGUGUCCAUAUAGAUUCAUCCUUCAUCUCUACGAGGAGGUGCUCCUCACUCAGGAACUGGCUUUGCACCAUUGGUCAAUUUAAUCUCCAGACAAGUUCUUAA